AUGCAUCUCGUUUCUGAGACUAUCAAGUCUGUCGACCUCAUCAAGGUGCUCAAGAUGGAGAGAGUCGCCUUGAAUGCCAGUCUUGACGAGACCAACAAGAAGAUUGCUGCGGCUGAGGAAGCCUUUGAGAACGAGAAGCAGCAGCACAUCAAGAUCGAGGCAGAGACCAAAAAGCGCAUCAUUCAGGCCUUGAACCAUGAGCCGAUUGAGCUCAUGGCAAACGAGCACCACGUUCACCGCCCUGCCGCUUCUGGCCGCACCGGCAGCGCUACGUCGACUGAAUAUACUAACAACAUCGAGGGUACCAACAGCGUUAGCUCUAUCAAGGAUACUGUCGAAGAUUGCUGCUGGGGACACAUCCCUGGAGCGUCCAAAGACGCCUUAUCUGGCUUGAAGGGCAUCAAGUCUGAGCGUUCAGUUCUGUCUGACAUCUCUUCCCGUGGGGACACUUCUGUCGAUGGCAACUCCCCCUUGUCCUAUCAUUCCGUAAGUCCGUCAAAGGAGGCGCCUGUCUUUGACCAGGUGCUUACCAGCGACAACACCGCUGCUUUCAUGGCUCACAUCAUGCACGAACUCCAGAACGAGCUCAAGAAGGAGCUUCAGGCCAGAGUCGACGGAGACUUCAAGCGCUCAAUCGAGGAGCGUCUCAUCCAGGAGCUCGCCAAGGAACUCACUGGCGACAUCAAGGGCCGCCUCUACUACGAGCUCAGAGAGGAGCUCAAGCGUAUCCUCAAGUGUGAUAUCACGUCCAAGGUCAAGCAGGACGUCAAGCGCGAGAUGAGACUUGAGAUGGUUAGCCAGCUCAAGUACGACAUCAUGGAGGACGUGAAGGACAGUGUCAUUGCCGAGCUCAAGGAGAUCCAGAACGGAGUCAACAACAAGCUGAAGAAUGAGAUUAAAGAAGACGUUUUCAACAGAAUUAAGGUCGCUCUCACGCAGGAUGCUCUGGACCAGCUCAAAGACACUAUGAAGGGAGAGAUCAAGAACGAUGUCUUCAAGAUUGUUCACGACGCCCAGCAAGCCAUCGGCACUACUCUUGCGACCAAGGCUGAAGAGCACAUGCUCCCUGCGAUUCGAGGUGCUCUUCCCAUCAUUCAAGGGUGUGUCGUCGCCAACUUGCAGGUCGCUCUCGACUUCUACUUCAAGAACCAGCUUUCCAAGGAGAUGGAUGACGCCAUCAAGAAGAAGACUGGCGAUGACUCUCAGUGGAUGCUCUCCCAGAUCGAGUCGCUGGUCCCCGUCACCGUUGCUGCGGAGGUUUCGAAGGUCAAGGACGCUAUGAAGACCGAUCUGUACAAGGACGUGAAGGCCGAGAUUGAGGAGGACUUUGGACAGAACAUGGAGGGUCUGGCCCACGAUGUUGUUCAGGAAGAGCUUGAGGCCUUCGAGAAGCGUACCCAGCCGACCGCAACUUACGUUUACCAUAUGUGAGAUGUCUCUGACUUACGGCCGGUCGUGCACUAUUGGCAAAGUCUGGAUGUUCUCUCAAGACCUAAGUCUUUUGUCUUUCGGAUUGAGAAGGUAAAGGAUUGGGCUACCUGGUGGACCGCCAGCUUCGGUAUUGGGAUUCAAGGAUAGGGUAAUCAGAGACAUCAAUUCCAAGGUUACAGUCAUCCUAGCAUUCCCGGCUGUGUGUCUGAUAGCCUAAAUGUAAUGAGAAAAUGCAACAAGAUCAACUUUCCAACCAAAUUUCAUUAAAUGCGAUUCGAUAAAGCUCAGCCCAAUUUCAAUCUGAGUGCACCUGAGUUCAUGUUGUCCCGGUUGUCGACAAAGGCUCUACGGCACAACAGAAGUGCUGCCUCAAUCUCACCUCCACUCUCUUUGGGGCAUAAGCAGGGUUGCCAUCGACCGAGGCAAAAUCAAAGGUAAUGCUCUUUGGU